AAACCAUUUACUUCUACAUAUGUCGAAUGGUGUUUCUGUUGGUGAAAUAUGUUAUGAAGUACACAAGUUCCAAGAUAUGAUUUUGAUGGGUUGAAAGAUUAUGCCAGUUGGCUAUGCUGAUAUAACGAAUGAGAUCAAAGAUGCCUACUUUAGCCUCCUUGAUCGAAACCGUGAGGAACUGGCGUCUAGAUGCCGACGAUGUUGUUGCCCAACUAAAUCCGCCAACUCCCAUAAUACAAGUGGGUCCAAGAAUACAAGAACCUGUAAAAGAGUCCACAGAAAUCAGUAUGGAGAGGUUGAAGAGUGCCAACUCAACUGGCAACAUUGAAAUUAAAACUGUGAGAGGGAGUUGGAAUAUCGACUUGUGGUUGUCAUGGAUAACUCCUAAGUGGUUGAAAGAGGAACCGACAGAUGUGGAAGCACAAAGGAAACUUCUUAAAAACAAGAAGAAAAAAGAGAAGGAUAAACAGGAAGGCUCCAAAGAGGAAGGACAAUCGGGAGGCAAAACUAUAUGUAUGAUGGCUGAGAGUCCAUUUCGAAUUUUGAAAGCGGCUGAAAGCGGCAAUUUGGAGAUAUUCCAGAGGCUGUACUUCGCUGAACCCACCAGGUUAUCUAUCAGGGACAGCAGAGGAAGGACAGUGGCGCACCAAGCUGCAUUCGGCAACAGGGUCAAUAUACUUCAGUUCAUUCAAUCCCAAAGGGGAGAUCUGAACAACCAGGACAAUGCAGGGAACACACCUCUUCAUAUAGCUGUUGAAAACGAAUCUCUAGAUGCUGUAGAUUUUUUACUGAAAUUAGGCGUGAGGACAGAUAUACUGAAUGAAAAGCACCAAGCAGUUAUUCACCUUACAACAGAACUGAAUAAGGUUAAGGUUUUGGAGGUGAUGGGAAGGUUCAAGAGCAGCAUAAACAUCGAACUAGGUGGCAACCAUGGAAGGACGGCCUUACACAUUGCAGCCAUCUAUGAUCACGACGAGUGCGCUAAAAUGCUCAUAUCAAUGUUCGGAGCUUCACCCAAGAGCCGUUGUAACAACGGCUACUACCCGAUACAUGAAGCAGCUAAAAACGCUUCCUCCAAAACCUUGGAAGUCUUCCUCCAAUGGGGAGAAAUGAACGGAACCACAAGGUCCGAGAUGAUAUCUCUACCAGACGCUGAAGGAAACAUUCCACUACAUUCCGCUGUUCACGGAGGUGAUCUGAAGGCGGUGGAGCUCUGUUUGAAAUCAGGAGCUAAGAUAUCGACCCAACAACAGGAUUUGUCAACUCCGGUGCAUCUAGCUUGUUCUCAAGGUGCAACGGAGAUCAUCAAGUUGAUGUUCAAGUUACAACCAGAGGAGAAGAUGGCUUGUUUGAAGUCUUGCGAUGUACAGAAGAUGACUCCGCUUCAUUGUGCAGCGAUGUUCGAUCACCCUGAGAUUGUGGGCUUCCUGAUUGAUGAAGGUGCCGACAUAAACUGCAUGGACAAAGAGAAACGCACACCUCUACUCCUGGCCGCUGUCAGAGGAGGUUGGCGGACAGUCCACACCCUCAUAAAAAAAGGGGCAGAUAUAAACGUCAAAGACGUAAACAGACGUAACGUCCUGCAUCUAGUGGUUAUGAACGGAGGAAGGCUAGAGCUGUUCGCGAACGAAGUAAGUCAGGCCCAGUCCCACUCCAGCUUGCAGCAAUUGCUUAACGAGAAGGACGUUUCCGGCUGCGCCCCCCUGCACUAUGCCAGCAGGGAGGGACACAUAAGGAGUCUGGAAAACCUGAUACGUCUGGGGGCUGUUAUCAAUCUGAAGAACAACAACAACGAGAGUCCGUUACACUUUGCUGCUAGGUUCGGACGUUUCCACACCGUCAAACAGCUUUUGGACAGCGAGAAGGGGACGUUCAUCAUAAACGAAUGCGACGGGGAGGGUCUUACCCCCCUCCACAUAGCCUCCCAACACGGCCAUACCAGAAUUGUGCAACUGCUGCUUAACAGGGGGGCUCUGCUGCACCGAGAUCACAACGGUAGAAAUCCGCUGCAUCUGGCGGCCAUGAACGGAUUCACUCAGACUAUGGAGCUUCUGCUCUCCGUGCAUUCUCAUCUGCUGGACCAGACGGACAAAGAUGGGAACACUGCUCUCCAUUUGGCGACUAUGGAAAACAAGCCCAAUGCAAUUUCCCUGUUGCUGAGCAUGGAUUGCAGGCUGCUGCACAAUUCUACGGAACUCAGCGCGAUAGACUACGCCAUCUAUUACAAAUACCCAGAAGCUGCGCUCGCCAUGGUAACGCACGAAACCAGAGCUAAAGAAGUGAUGUUGUUGAAGUCUUAUAAGCAUCCCUGUGUCACUCUGGCUCUUAUAGCUUCGAUGCCAAAGGUUUUUGAAUCCGUACAAGAUAAGUGUAUCACAAAGGCCAACUGCAAAAAAGACUCCAAAUCAUUCUAUAUCAAAUACAACUUCCAAUGUUUACAAUGUCCAGAGUUCUACGCUGAUAUGGAUGGCAAGACUGGGGAGGCUUUGAAUAUAUACAGACCCAUACCCCUUCCAGCUUUGAAUGCUAUGGUGUCUCAUGGCAGAGUAGAACUUCUAGCACACCCCUUAAGUCAAAAGUACCUACAGAUGAAAUGGAACUCCUACGGAAAAUACUUCCAUUUUGUCAAUGUGAUUUUCUACAGCUUCUUCCUUGGUUUCGUCACCUGCUUUUCUGCCCAAUUGAUGGCUAGGCAUGGAGAUGAUGGCAAGAAUUUCACACAAAACUCGUUUCAGAUGAAGGGUUCGAAAUGUCGUAAGGAAACACUGGACAUUGAACAAAGUAUGCAUGAUCUCCUAAAUGUUGAAAUAUCUACGGUGAUAUACGUCAGCGCCUUAGGUAUCCUAGGAUGCCUAGGUUUGGGCGUCAUCAAGGAAGGCAUCCAGUUUUACCAACAGAAGUGGAUGUACUUACUAGACCCGAUAAACCUGGUGACUUGGAUUCUUUAUGGAGCUGCUAUGGUCAUGGUGCUUCCGAUACUGGGAGGGGAGUUUCAUGAUCUUCACUUCUCUUGCGCUUCAAUUGUUGUUUUUCUGAGUUGGUUCAAUUUGUUGCUGCUUCUGCAGAGGUUCGACCAAGUAGGGAUAUACGUGGUGAUGUUCCUAGAAAUUCUCCAGACGCUGAUAAAAGUACUUAUGGUAUUCUCCAUAUUGAUCAUAGCCUUUGGAUUAGCGUUCUACAUUCUUCUGUCUAAGGGUCACCACCUUUCCUUCAGAACCAUACCGAUGUCCUUGGCAAGGACCUUCUCCAUGAUGCUGGGUGAGAUAGACUUCCUAGGAACCUACGUCAAACCCUACUAUCUCACGUUGAACGAAGAGAAAUCCUUCCUUCCCUUUCCUAUUCCUGCUUUCUUCAUCCUAGGCAUUUUCAUGGUGCUGAUGCCCAUUCUGCUCAUGAAUCUGCUCAUCGGUUUGGCGGUUGGAGACAUCGAAUCUGUCAGGAGAAACGCUCAACUGAAGAGGCUCGCAAUGCAGGUAGUACUGCAUACAGAGCUUGAGUCAAAGCUGCCAAAAAUGAUCCUCGAGAAAGUAGAUAAAGUCGAGCUUAUAGAAUAUCCAAACGAUACCAAACAUGAGCUUGGAUUAUGGGAAUCAAUUUUCAGAAAAUGGUUUGGAGAUCCUUUCUCAGAUGAAGGAAAAAUGCAGAAUGCCUUAUUUCAUCUCACUGCAAGAAAAAACGCCAUGGACGUAGUGGGCGUUGAUAAUACGGAGGAUUAUCUUGUGACGGAAAUUUCGAAAACUAAGAGGAGGCUUAAAGAUUUGUCGUAUGCCUUGGAAACUCAACAACAAUACUUGAGGCUCAUCGUCCAGAAAAUGGAGAUCAAGACAGAAUCAGAUGACGUGGAUGAAGGGGUGUCUACCAGCGAAUCAAAUCCAACACAGGGUUCAGGACAUAAGUGGACCUCACCUAAAAUAAGGAAAAAACUUGGUUCAGUGUUGAACUUCAAUAAGAGCAUAUGAAACUGUCCACCUCAACUUAUCAGUAUUCACUGUUAUUCAAAUUUAUUCGGCCAUAGCAAAAUAGAUUAUAGAUACCCACACCAGGAUGUGGAUGUCUAUUUUCUUCUUUAUCUCAAAUUCGAAAACAUCCUGAUAUUUUCGAAUUUAAGAUUUAUUUUUUCAAUGUUCUACAGUAGAGAAUAAAGGUCUCCAUAUACA